CACCGCCGCCAUUUUCAUUCUCGACGUCAGUCAUUACUUCUCCUCCCUUGGCCUAUAAAUGGGAUAAAUGGCGACCGAUGGAGAUGCCGUAACACACGGUUUGCAAGCUCACCUCACUCUCACCUACGUGCGUUACCCAUCCCUUCUUGUUCUCUUCCUUCACCUCCCGCAGACGACAAAAAAUUUCAGCUUUGGAUUACGUAUCCAGCAGAGGAACCCCGCUCUGUCGAGAUGGUGGUGGUGGUGGCGCCGGAGGAGGAGGAGGAGAGAGCCGCAGGACUGGCGGUGAUGAUCAGAGAGUAUGAGGCAGGGCGCGACCGGGAAGCGGUGGAGAACUUAGAGCGGAUGUGCGAGGUCGGGCCAAGCGGCGCCGACAGUAGCGGCAUGUCCCUCUUCACCGACCUCCUCGGCGACCCUCUCUGCCGCGUCCGACACUCGCCGAACUUUCUCAUGCUCGUCCGUCCUUCCCCUUCUUCUGUUUCCCCUGUUUUGCUCGUGUUUGUGAUCGAGUUGCAUUGGUCUGUACAGGUGGCGGAGAUUGCGAUUGGGCCGGAGAGCAGAGAAAUAGUUGGCGUCAUCCGCGGUUGCGUCAAAUUUGUAACUUGCGGAACCAAGAAACCUCGUCGCGCCGCUGACGAUCUCGACGGCGCUUCCCCUGUUUCCAUUUAUGCUAAGGUCGCCUACCUCCUAGGCCUCCGUGUCUCCCCCUUUCACCGGCGAAAGGGGAUUGGGUUGAAAUUGGUGCAGAGAAUGGAAGAAUGGUGCAAGGAGAAAGGUGCGGAAUACGCGUACAUGGCGACGGAAAAGGACAACGAGCCGUCGAUCCAGUUAUUCACGGGGCGGUGCGGGUAUUCCAAGUUCCGCACACCGGCAAUCCUUGUGCAACCCGUUUUCGCGCACCGCCUCCCACUCCCCGGCGCCUCCGUCGUCCUCCCCCUCCCCACCGCCGACGCGGAAGCGCUCUAUCGCCGCCGGUUCGCUGGCAUCGAGUUCUUCCCUCGCGACAUCGACGCCGUGCUCCGUAAUCCUCUUUCUCUCGGCACCUUCCUGGCCGUUCCCGGCGGCUGCGCUGCCGCCGCGAGGUGGCAGGGCGUGGAGGCUUUCCUCGCAGCCCCGCCGCCGGCGUGGGCGGUGGCGAGCGUGUGGAACUCCAAGGCACUAUUCCGGCUGGAGGUACGUGGGGCGGCGAGGUGGCGACGGGCGCUUGCGCAGGCGACCCGCACCAUUGACCGGGCCCUACCCUGGCUCCGCAUCCCGUCCGUGCCGGACCUCUUUUCCCCCUUCGGGCUCUACCUCGUCUACGGCCUCGCCGGCGAUGGCUCCGCGGCGCCAUCACUGACGCGGGCACUCUUCCAUCACGCGCACAACAUGGCACGCGCCGACGCCGGCUGCCGCGUGGUAGCGGCGGAGGUGGCCGCGUGCGAGCCGCUCCGCCUCGGGAUCCCUCACUGGCGCCGCCUCUCCUGCGCCGAGGACCUCUGGUGCGUCAAGCGACUCGCCGGAGAGUACGGCGAAGGCGGAGCUCUCGGCGACUGGACCAAAGCGCCGCCGCCGGCGUCCAUCUUCGUAGACCCCCGGGAAUUCUAAUCCCAUAACGUAACGGUGGACCCAGAACACGGGGGAUAUCCGUUAUGUAAAGCGACCCGAAACGACCUUUUACAUAACGCUUUUUUUUAAUAUAUUCUCUCUUUAGAUUAUGAUUGCAACGGUUGGGAAGGGGAGAGAAAGAUACACAUUCCAUGGAAAUGAAAAGAAAGAUCACAAAAGAAAGAUUUGAAAGAAAUACAACUUGUCCUUUUGUAAUCUAAUGUGAGGCGUUGAGGAGAUGUAAUCUUCUUUUUUUCUCCUUCCCUUUUUAAUCAUCAACUUUUGACAAGGGAUUUGGGUACAUGAUGUCUACAUAUCUUAUGG